UCCGGCAAGGCUGCUCCUGGGCUCCGCUCCGGGCAGGUGGGGCUCCCGCUCUCCCUCGGGCUGCCAGGAGGGCUUCUCCCCGCCAGGAGGAAGGUAGCCCCGAAUCGGUGCCAGGAGGAAGGUGCCACCAGGAAAACCUUUGGACAAAGUUCUGCUUGCAGGAUCCAAUCUGGGUCAGUCACCAAGGCCAGAGGUUUCAUCUUCUCGGCUUUCGGACUCAUGCUGGAGCCCCUCCCUCCUCCUGCCCAUCGUUCAACCUUUUGGCCAAAGUUCUGCUUGUUUGAAUUUCCUUCAAUAGAAAUCCCUGGAAGUGAGCAGCCCCUGGAGACUAUGCAGAGGGGGGAACACGUUGGCCACAGGUCCCCCCAGAGGAAUCAGGGGAGACUCUCCAAAUGCUCCGAUUGUGGGAAAUCCUUUGCUUACCGGUCCCUCCUUUUGAUUCACCGGAAGCUGCACACGGGGAAUGGAUCCCACCUGUGUUUCCUUUGUGGGAAAUCCUUUCCUGGAGUGUGGAGCUUUGCCAAACAUGUCCGGAGCCACCCAGGACUGAAGCCUUACAAAUGUGGAGAGUGCAGGGAGCGUUUUGCUAAAGGCUCGGACCUUGGAGCCCAUCAGCGAAUCCACCAGGGAAAGAGAUCUCAGGAGUCCUGGAAGCGCUGGGGAAGAUUUCCUGAGAGACGGCGUCUCUCUAGGCCUCAGAACAGCCCGACUGAAGAGAAGCCCUGCAAGUGUGUGCAAUGUGGGCUGUGCUUUUCCCAAACCUCGCAGCUGCUUAAACAUCAGCAAAUCCAUACCGGAGGGAAACCUUAUCAAUUUCUGGAGUGUGGGAAAUCUUUCCGUUACAAACAAUUGUUUAGAAGACAUGAGAAAAUUCACAAAGCGCAGAGUCCUUAUAAAUGCCUAGAAUGUGGGAAGUGUUUCACUCGGAGCUCAUCUCUUUGCAAACAUCAUAAAACACACACAAAGGACGAAAACAAAAUGUGCCUAGAAUGUGGGAAAUCUUUUUCCAGCAAAUCAUCCCGGCUGAAACAUCAGAGAAUUCACACUGGGGAAAAACCCUUUCAGUGCCCAAAAUGUGGGAGAUGUUUUGGCUAUAAAUCAUGUCUAAUCAGACAUCAGAAAAUUCACACCGGAGAAAGACCCCAUCAAUGCCCAGACUGUGGGAGAUGUUUUAUUCAGAAGGGACACCUAAUUCGACAUCAGAAACUUCACACUGGGGAUAGACCCUAUAAAUGCCCAAAAUGUGAGAAAAGAUUUGCAGGUUCUUCUGAACUUAGGAAACACCAAAGAACGCACUGUGGAGAAAAACUAUAUAAAUGUAAUGAUUGUGAUAAAUGUUUUUCUUUUAAAGAAACUCUUUUUGAACAUCAGAGUAUCCAUACAGGUGUGAAGGCCUAUAUGUGCAUCGAGUGUGGAACAUUUUUCCGUACAGUACGAAGCCUGAGAAGUCAUGAGAACGUUCACAGAGGGGGAAAAAAGUUCAAAUGUUUAGAAUGUGGGAAAGCAUUUGCUUAUGGAUCAUCCCUUAGAAUUCACUGGCAAACCCACACGGGUGAAAAAUGCCACAAAUGCUCAGUGUGUGAGAAAUCUUUUAACCGUAAAUAUACACUUUGGAAGCAUCAGAGAAGCCACUUAGAGAAGCAAUAUAAAUGUCCAGAAUGUGAGAAAACUUUCCGUAGCAGAUAUUAUCUUAGAAAACACGAGAUGAUUCACAAAGGAGAGGAGCCUUCCAAGCCUGUGCAGAAAAAUGAAAAGUGCCCAGAAUGUGGGCGGUGUUUUGGCUACAAGUCACACCUAAUUCGACAUCAGAGACUUCACACUAAAGACAGACCCUAUCAAUGCUCAGAAUGUGAGAAAACAUUUGUGGAGGCUGCUGAACUUCGGAGACAUCAGAAGGGGCACACAGGAGAGAGGCCCUAUAAAUGUGGGGAGUGUGGGAAAAGUUUUCUCACAGCAACACUGCUUCGGGUUCAUCUGAGAAUCCACACGGGGGAGAAGCCAUACCUAUGUGUGGAGUGUGGGAAAGGUUUUUCCCAAAAACAACACCUUGGGAGGCAUCAUAAGAUCCAUUCACGAGUGAAGCCAUAGAGAUGCAGAGUGUUGUAAUGUUUUGUUCAAAGGGGAGACAUGAGAAAAAUGACAUGGGAAAAGCCCUAAUAGGCCCUGAUGGUACAACAGUUUUUCAUAGUUGUUCAACUCUUAGAAGCCAUAUAAGAGAUCAUAAAGGGGAGAAAAAUUAGAAACUCUUAGAUCGUGGGAGAGCAUUCUCUUGUCAAUUGUACCUUAAAAAUCAAACUCUAAUCCAUAUAGCAAAAGAUGCAAUUUAAAAGCUUGAAGUGUGAUGUAUCAGGGCUUGGAAUGUGGCAAAGUUUUCUAUAUGAUCAUCAGAUCUUCGGAUGCACAUGAAAAAUCCACACAGGAGGAAAACCUUGCAGGUGUGAGUAACAUGUGCUUUGUGCGCAUGUGUGAGCUGCGGAAUGGUCGGUUGCUUUUCGCUCUGGCGAGACAGGCAGAAGGAAUGCUGAAAACACCACCGGUUUCAGCUACAAGUCUUUCAGAAAGGAGCCCUAAUGGUAGAGUAUGACCCAGGGGACUCGGGCAGGCGAUCAGCUGGGGAGUCACUGUUCUCGGCUGGCUCCCAGCCUAUGCGGUGUUUUUGCUCGUUUCUUUGGCCGAGCAGCGAAGAUGGCGGUUUCAUGCUGGCGACGCCGCUUCCGGCAGUGUUAACGAGGCCGGCGCCUUGCAACUCUAUUUCCUGUUCGGGAGACCCAGCAGAGCCACUCUGGACUGGACUGAACAGGGGACUAUCGUGCCAGGGAGGGGGUAGCUCGCCCGGAUGGUGCCAAAGGAGAUCGAUCGGCAGGUUUUGUUGUCACCGUUAUGCCCCCCCCAGGCACCCCCCCUCGCGUAUCACCUCAACAGCUUGCAGCGACCCUGCCGGUCUUGUUCCGGCUUUCUAUUUAUUUUUAUGACACUGGAAGGAGCCUGUGGAUUUGCACCAGUCUAUCAUCAGCAUUGGAGAGUGGGGUGGCCGAUUCACGCGGCGCUGGAUGGCAGCCUUGGAUGGAAGGGGGCUUUUCUUGGUGUCUUUGCGACCAUCCCCCCACCCCCCUGGCUCUACUCGAUCAGAGCCUCUUUGCAGUGCAACCCUCCCCCGCCUUCUUCUGCAAUUACGGAGUCUACUUCCUUUCUUUACCACCUUUACCAUCUGGCUCUCUCUGUUUACUUUGUUUACGAACUUGGACUCUCGGACUUCCAGAGCUACGCCGCUGCUCCUUUUGUUGCGACUACGGCUGCCCACCGCUACCCCAAGAAUAUUAUUCCAACUAUCAGGGACAUCACUCCAUCUGCCCUCUAUUUUACAAUCGCCCACCCAACACGGCUUUCUUUUGGACCUUGACUUUGGGUGCUCUUCAGGACCUGAGGAAGGGAGAGGGGCGGAGCAGCUCUCCCUCCUCCUUCCGCAUCAUUAACUAUCUUAACCGUACUUGCGCAGUGCUCCGCACAUUUUAGGAAUGUAGUGUGAAUGGUGUGCCUGGCUGAUGUUUGUACCCACCUUUUUAACCUCAUAUUGUUGUAUUUUUUGUGUUUAAUUAACAUAUGUGGGGAUUGCAUGGAUGAGUGGCUGUGCAUGUAUGUGAGG